AGUCAACUAAACAAAGACGUGCGAUUAAAUUCUCAAAAGUCUAAAUCUAUAUAUAUCAUUUUCAAUCUUGACUUGGUCGUUUAGAAAAUUCCACUAGCUCUCUCCUUGUCUCCACUUGAUUUUAUAUUCUGGUUUAUUUUUUUUUAAUCAAAUUAUUAUCUACUCUGCUUUAACUCGAACCAACCCCCAGAAAAAGAAACAACUUUUCAGAUAUCAAUCAUGUUCUCUCCAGUACUCUUCAGAUUCUCUAAACCCGAUUCUUUUCUGGUCUUGCUCUUUUUCUUGACCUCUUUUCACCAUCUAACUUAUGCUUUAAGUAAACGAGAGGGUAGCUUAUGUGAUACUCUUUUUGAGUGUGGGGAUUUCACAGCCGGUUUCCCUUUCUGGGGAGGGGGUCGACCAGAACCAUGUGGUCAUCCUCUUUUGGUGCUUCACUGUCACGAGAGCAAGAUUUCCCUGAUUAUCUCAGGUCAGAUGUACCGUGUUCUCCAAAUAGACAAUUCAUCUAACACUCUUAGACUUGCGAGGCAAGACUUUUUAAAUGAAUCAUUCUGCUCUGCUACAUUCACCGGCACAACGUUGACUCCUGAACUCUUUGAGCUUUUGCCAGACUAUAAGACCCUCUUUGUUUACUACCUCUGUAACCCUACAUAUCAUAAUCCCACAAAUUUCUCAUGUCCAAAAAUUGGUCUUGCCUCGGUGCAUCAGGAUAAUAACUACCAUGAACACUGUAGCGCGAGUUUCAACAUCACUGUUCCCACGAGUUAUGAUCUGGGCGAGGAUGCUUUGAAUUUGACCCAUUUAGGAAGUGUACUAAGAUAUGGAUUCAAGGUGAAGCUGAAGAUUGAUGAGAGACAGUGCCAAGGAUGUCAAACCAGUGGUGGAAUCUGUGAAUACCAUGUUGCAACUCCGGUUUGUUGCAAGAGAAACUCGUCAUCAGAAAUCAAAUGCACUUCAAUGAUUCCAUCUGGUACCACUGGACUCCCCAAAAAAGCGAAAAUAGGCAUCGGUUUUGCUUGUGGAUUCUUGGGUGCCAUUCUUAUCGUCGGGUGUUUGCUCUGCAUCUUCAUCCGGAGAAGGAUGAAACUGGCAGGUCAACACACAAACAAAGGCAUAUCAACAGCAACGACUUACUCGAGCAAUACAACGUCAAACACACCAACUUCCACAACAAUAUCCGGCAGCAAUCACUCUCUUGUCCCUUCAAUGUCUAACCUUGCAAACAGCGUCUACUUUGGCGUUCAAGUCUUCAGCUACGAAGAACUGGAGGAAGCCACUGAAAAUUUCUCAAAAGAGCUUGGAGAUGGAGGCUUCGGUACUGUCUACUACGGUACACUAAAAGACGGACGAGCUGUAGCAGUAAAACGACUCUACGAAAGAUCAUUAAAACGCGUUGAGCAAUUCAAGAACGAAAUCGAGAUCUUGAAGUCGUUAAAACACCCAAACCUAGUCAUCCUAUACGGAUGCACAACAAGACACAGCAGAGAGCUACUCCUAGUAUAUGAAUACAUCUCCAAUGGCACACUAGCUGAACAUCUCCAUGGAAACCAAGCACAAUCUCGUCCUCUUCUCUGGCCUACUCGACUCCAAAUCGCUAUUGAAACCGCAAGCGCAUUGUCCUUUCUCCACACCAAAGGAAUCAUACACAGAGACGUCAAGACUACUAACAUUCUUCUAGAUAGCAAUUACGAAGUGAAAGUCGCUGAUUUCGGACUCUCACGGCUUUUUCCAACGGAUCAAACUCACAUCUCCACCGCACCACAAGGCACUCCAGGAUAUGUAGAUCCUGAGUACUACCAAUGUUACCGUCUCAACGAGAAGAGCGACGUGUACAGCUUCGGAGUCGUACUCACCGAACUAAUCUCAUCGAAAGAAGCUGUAGACAUCACACGACACCGCCACGAUAUUAACCUAGCGAACAUGGCGAUUUCGAAAAUCCGAAACGACGCCGUUCACGAGCUCGCGGAUCUAUCACUCGGAUUCGAGAGAGAUCCUUCGGUGAAGAAAGCGAUGACGUCAGUUGCUGAAUUAGCGUUCCGGUGUUUGCAGCAGGAGAGAGAGGUGAGGCCGUCGAUGGAUGAGAUCGUUGAGGUUUUGAAAGGGAUUCAGAAGGAAGGGAUGCGAGAUUCGAAAGAUGUUGUGGUUGAGAUUGAUGUGAACGGUGGUGGUGAUGAAGUUGGAUUGUUGAAGCACGGUGUUGUUCCUCCGCCGUUAUCGCCGGAGACUGAUAAAAUGACGGCGAGUAGUUCGAAUACGACGGCGAGUUCGUUUUGAAGAGAGUAGUAGGAACUAGGAAGAGACUCUGGACCUUACGGAAGGUUCCUUUUGUCUGUAGAUUAAAAAAAAUAUAUAUUGUUAACUUUCACCUUUUGACCUUUUGACUUUUUUUUGUGUAUGUGUGUUAAUUUGUUUGAUUAUGCACCAAUAGAAUCAAUCCAACUAUUUUUAUUUAUACAUUA